UUACCUGUCCUCUGUGGAACAGAACUGUGUGUUGUUCCUUAAAUGUAACGUUGCUGGACUGCUCGGCUGUGUAUAAAUAUAACGUAUCAUACUGAGGGUUAAUCUUUCCUGGUCAGAGAGCUGGCUGAUACAUCUGUAGCUUGGGUGAGUGUUGACACAACAUCUGUACCUGACAUUAACAUUCUAAAAGUUCUAUCAAAAAAGUUUUAAAAAUGUUUUUGUGUAACAAUAACUUCUCUGAUGAGACUAGGAUUUACGGCAAGUCAUGAAUCGCUUGACUCAACAGGUUGAAGUCCGUAUUUUGAUAUUAUGGGCACUGAUGUUGAUGCAAAGCACAGCAGACCGAGAAUACUUCCUCCAGACCAGCAAUCUCACAUGGAAUGAGGCAAGGAACCAUUGCAAGGUCUGUUUCAAAGAGCUGGUGACUCUGACCCAUGACAACAUCCAGAUCAUUGCCUCGAAACUCACCUCUGACUCCUGGAUCGGUCUCCGGAAGAACUUCUAUCCCAUCAGUAACUCCAGUAAUAACUCCACCGGUGACUACACUGGUAACUACACCGGUAACUACACCGGUAACUACACCGGUAACUACACCGGUAGCUCCAGUAUGCCCUGGAAACGAUGGAGCAAUGGGGACCUCCUCACUUUCCAGAACUGGUACCCUGGUCAGCCUGUGUUCAAAUCCUCCCGCACAAAACCGAGCUGCUGCAGCUGCUCCUGCACCUGCCCAGCAUCGAUGAACCCACGGCAAACCAGUUUCACCACCAGACACACAGAAUUUACAACCCAGGCCAGCUUCACCAGUGUCCCUGACCUCAAUACGACUAACAUGACCAGUUUCACCAGUGUCCCUGACCUCAAUACGACUAACAUGACCAGUUUCACCAGUGUCCCUGACCGCAAUACGACUAACAUGACCAGUUUCACCAGUGUCCCUGACCUCAAUACGACUAACAUGACCAGUUUCACCAGUGUCCCUGACCUCAAUAUGACUAACAUGACCAGUUUCACCAGUGUCCCUGACCUCAAUACGACUAACAUGACCAGUUUCACCGGUGUCCCUGACCUCAAUACGACUAACAUGAGCAGCUUCACCGGUGUCCCUGACCUCAAUACGACUAACCUGAGCAGCUUCACCAGUGUCCCUGACCUCAAUACGACUAACAUGAGCAGCUUCACCAGUGUCCCUGACCUCAAUACGACUAACAUGACCAGUUUCACCAGUGUCCCUGACCUCAAUACGACUAACAUGACCAGUUUCACCAGUGUCCCUGACCGCAAUACGACUAACAUGACCAGUUUCACCAGUGUCCCUGACCUCAAUACGACUAACAUGACCAGUUUCACCAGUGUCCCUGACCUCAAUAUGACUAACAUGACCAGUUUCACCAGUCUUCACCAGUGUCCCUGA